CUCCGUCCUCCCACCCCUUGCUCUUUCUUCAUUUCCUUCCACGCCGCCCUCGCCCUCCUUUACAUCCUUUGUCUUACCUCGUCUUUGUCGCUCUUGCAGCUCCGAACAUCCGACACGCAAUGGACAGGAAUCAAGACAGGCAGCCUUUGGACGCCGACAUGGACGGAGUGGCUUCCUGUUCUGCGUCGCCUGCUCAGGCGCUUGCAAGCAGCUCGACUCGCCCGACGGAGAUGACGGCCUUCAUCCACCUGCAUUCGUUUGUCUCAACGACGAUCCACCUGCCUUGCCUGGAAUGCAGCAUCACGAUGCUCCAGCAUGUCCUCUCGCACGUCGUCGUCGCCUCGGAGCUUGCGUGUAAGUUGUCGUCGUGCUCCCGCUUGGGCCCUCUGCCGUCGUCGCCGUCGUCUUUGUCGGACUUGUCGGACACAAAUGCUCCGCAUCCCGCAGAUGCGGAGCAGCUCGAAGUGCACUUGGGCGAGAUUCGUAGCAAGAUGCAGCAGCUGCGCAAGACGGUGGGCGAUCGGAUGCUCGAGUCGACAUUCUGGGCCUGGCUACAUGUUCUUCUGCGGUCCGAACGAGCCUGGCGGACGGCUCUAUCCACUGAGAUCCUGCAGCUCAAGGAGGGCGUGCUAAGUAGCAGCACAGUCGCGGUGAGGGGACGCUCCAACAGUUGCGGAAUCGACCGGACGAUGCAGCACAGACAGCGGCACGAGGCAGAUGCAUGGACAGACUGCGAAGUGGUAGAGCGGGCCAGGCUGGUCGUGGGCCUCGACGAACUGGUGAAGCAGACCGAGCACCGACAGGGCGACAUUGGCGCACUGCGCCGGGUGACCAUCUUUACGCUCGAUGUAUUUCGACUUGUCUCGCUCCCGCCACCGCCUGUAUACCAUGCCGUGGAGCCAGGCGAGCCGGCUCCACCACCUUACACCCCGCCUUUUGAGACGCUGUCCAUAUCGACUCCUCCCCCUUCGCCUUUGUCACUGAGGUCUGCGGCGAAGAGGAGCACGUCGUCUCGUCCAAGCAGCGCGUCGUCCGACAGCUCGACUCGGACUCCCGGCCGGCUGACUUCCAGAUCGAUGCCGUCGAUGGCGAUGCGAUCCUCGCCCUCAUCGCUGACGCACAGUCUCGAGGUGCUCCAGUCGGCCGACGAGGCAGACGCUGAGCUGAACCACGCCAGUGUCGAACAUGACGACGCUGAGUCUGAUGGCGAGUCUGAUGGAGAGAACAAGAGCAAGCGACAGCGCCGCCUCCUCAACGGCGCAUGGAACUCGCCCACCGUAACGGCGACGCACGGUCAGACUACCGAUGCGCAAUCGCUAUGGAACACGCCAUCUGCGUGCCUCCCGUCAUCCCCGUCGUCGUCGCUGCAGUCGACUUCCGAUGCCGACGGGGGCUUCUCCCACUGGCUCGACCAGCCACCGGUCACAAUCCUCGCCAUCGGACAUGCCCUCGAACGGCGAUGCUGGUCCCUCUGCCCGUCGUACGCAUCAACGCCCGCACCCGCCAUCCCGCCCACGCCUGCGCAGCACGCUCGCCUUCUCCAUCGUGCUUUCAGACCGGCCCUCCUCAGCACGUCCGGCCUAGAGCAAGAGCGGCAGACCGCCGCCUCUGUCAGCAGCGCCAUGGUAGACUCGAUCACUUCUUGAGACAAACCCUUUCCUUUCUCUCUCUUUCUUCGUCUCUUGCUGUCUCUCUAGAGACUCUGGACCGCACUC